AUUAUGUUACCAAAAUAAUAUAUUAUUAUUAGUCAUGGAGAGUAUUUCUGUUCCUGUUCAAGACUUAAUUCGAAGAAAUUCUGAACCGUUUGCAUCUAUGAAUAGUUUAAAUAAUAUUAAUGCAUCUAAAAAUACUCUACACAAAAUCUCACUGGAUCUUACAGAUUUAAAAAAUAAUAUUAACUGUAAUGAUAUCAACACAAAAGUAAAUCAUUCUCCUAGAAAAUCGAUAGGUCCAAAAUAUAAAUUAUUAAAUGAUGGAAAUGUGCAUUUAUGCAGAAUUAAUCACUCAAGAAAUAUUAUAAAUAAAAUAUUGUCGUCUAAUCUAUUAAGAAGAUGGGAGAAUCACAAUUUAGUAUUAUCUUCAACUGAAAUAUAUUCAACCUCAAAUAUUGGGUUCAUGGAGACGUCAAUCCCGUACUCAAUCAUUGAAGACAUCCAUAUAAUGUCAAGAUGGGAUUCAAAUCAACGUUUUUGCGUUCAAAUAAAUAUACCAGACGCUUGCAUUCUUAUACAAGUAAACAAUUCUCAUCUAAGGGACCAAUGGUUAUAUUCACUACAAUGGAAAAAACAAGUAUUGAAAUAUACCAAAAUCCUUCAAAAUACCACACGGCCAGAAGUUCUAACUAGAGAAAUUAAGCAUUUGAUAGACAUGGCCAUGAGCAUUCCUUUACAGGAUGAAGAAAUUCACCAAGUUCCAUUGGAACUAAUAUCCGAUCUAUUGCAAAAAAAUAAAUGUAUACCCAAAACUAUCCAUGAAAAUAUUAUCACAGCUCUAGCUCCCUUGUUGGAAAAUAAUCAUCCAUCCCCCGAAAUAUGUGAUUUUUUUACCAAACAUUGCAAAGACAGUCCCCGAUCAACCGUAAUAAUCGAAAUGUUUACUUCUGUCGUUCAAAGAAUACUCAAACAUAACAUGUGUUGCAACCUUCAAGAUUUUGGUAAAUAUCCCAAAAUGAGAAUAUUCGUCCAGGAAUAUAUUCAGGCACUCAAUUCACAAAAUAACGGUAUCGAGGUUGUUGAACAACUUGUCAAAAAUAUGCAUGGACACGCCAGUAUAUGCCCUCAUCCUGGUUUAUUACCCAAUUUAGUUUCGGUCAUCUUAUCCGGUAUAUAUUCAUGUUACGACGAAAAAUUAAAACUCAAACAAGAUUGCCUAAACGGCCAAGAAGAAACAAUCGAGACUGACAAUAUUAUUAGAAAUCAGAAACGGGCUAGUAAUCUGAGGGGGACUGAGAUAGACAGAAGACUCCUGUGCUAUCUGGCUAUGAUACACGUAAUGUCGACCUAUGAAGAUUGGAGACCUCUCUUAUCCAGUCUAUUGCAACCGAUUCCGUUCCCCGAUUAUUCCCUCUGCCAUGAACUUUUUAUGAAACGUAUGGAGAAAGUCAUAUCUAACUUGGCCAAGGAUAAUCGUUGCGAGGUCCAUCAAGCACUCUUGGGUGUUAGGGAAGGCAAGGAAGGUUGGUUACAUUUAUUCUGCCCCGCCAAUUCCAUUUAUUAUUACGAUUUCAAUCAAACUUUUGUUUCGCCCCUGGCUCAUCACAUUAGCAGCAACAUCUUAUUGGAUGAAACCCACAGUAUUACUAACCCUGAAACUAGUAGAGAUAAUAGCAUAAAUUUGGAUCGUUCUGAGUUGAUGUUGAAUAAUAAUUCGGAAGACUUGGCCUAUAAUACAGAUAACCAUGAUCAUAUGAUGCAUCACAAUGGUCAUAACGGAUUCAAUGCCCAUAAUGGAUUAAGUGGAAUUAAUGGAGUGGCUGUUGCCAAUGGUUUCGAAAAUGAGAUGGACUAUUUCGAGGGAAAAUUGUUUUGCGAAAUGCUCACCACGUUAAUGCGAUGCUGCUGCAAACGUAAAAAGUUUUUGACACAUAUGAAUAAAAUGUUAGGACCAUGUAUGCUUUUAGCUCUUAGGGAACAAGAAAUUGCCAUGGAGGUAUUAUGUUCGAUGUUGGAAUUAGAUACCAUAGAAAAUCACGAUUUAAAACUCCAAAUAGUGACUACAUUGCAUUCGACUAACAAGGGCAAAAAAUUAUACGCGGAUUUAUGCGAUAGAUUAGCAGCUUUAAAAGAAUUGCAACAAAAAGGCGGCCCCAAACGUUUAACCCUUCCGGCCAAAUCCACCGACACGGACCUUAAAAAGAUUUUAUCCCAAGGUUCUUUCGGUAAUCUAGAAUGUUUGAGCUUAGCCUUCACUCACGUAACAAGCAAAUGCGCCGAAUAUUUAAUAAAACUCCCUUCUCUAAAAUACUUAAACCUUUGGUCCACCCAGUUCGGGGAUCCUGGUCUACAACUUAUAACAGAACAUUUGCCCAGGCUACAGGUGCUCAACUUAUGUGAGACGCCCGUUACCGAUAAGGGGCUCUCCUGUUUGAUUUCUAUGAAAAAUUUAAGGAAACUCAAUCUAAACAGCACUAGUCUGUCAGCUAAAACAUUUGAAGGAUUAAAGGAAAAAUUACCAGCCUUGCAAGAAUGUGAUAUAAGAUACACCGAUGCGUGGUAAAAAAACGUAUUUAAAAAAUAAAUGUGGUGAAGAUAUACUCUCCUUUUUAAAAAAAACCAAUAUUCGGAUUUCUGCCUUUAGUUUAUUCGAAAAUGAUGCAAUAUUAUUCUAGUUAAUUCUAUUCUAAGUAAAAUCAACAUUUUUACUGUCCUCCAUUUAAAUCUUUAAAACCAUAAUAAAUUUUUGAGGGUGGAAAUUACUUCCAUCUUUUAUAAAUAAAAUGUAUAUAAUUAUUUAUUUUUAACAAGCUAAAUUACCAGAAAAUUUAGUAUUUUAAAGUUAGUUAAAAAAAACUAAAAUGUAUCUCCAAUAUUUAUAUUUUUAAUUAUUUUAAUCCAAAUAAUUAACUCGAGGCAUUAUAAUAGGUAUUAUAUUAUAAUUUUUAUAUUUAAUCAUAAUAUUUUUUAAAAUAAAACUAGGGACAUCAUUUUAUAACUGAAGCAUAUUUUUUUAUACACAAGAAAACUGCAUUUAACUUUAUCAUUUCCAUUCCCCUGUUAUACUGCUAUAACGAAAGUUCAAAACUAAUUUAUUUAUUAUAUUCAUGAUUUCCGAGUAUAACGUAUUAUAGUUUAAAAUUAUUCAUAUCUUUUUUUUCUCAUUGUAUCACAAUAAUUUUUUAUUUGAAUUUUUUUGGUGAUUACUUUUUUUAAAAUAUAAUUUAAUUUGCAUUAUAAAAUGACG